AUGAGGGGAUGGCGCCCCUGUUCCACACCUUCCAACCGUGAAUGCUGGCUCCGCCAUCCAGAUGGUCGGGAGUUCAACAUCAUGACUGACUACGAGCAUGAAGCGCCCAUCGGAGUCCACAGGAACUACACAUUGCUUGUGAACGAUGGCUGGAUCAACGCCGACGGUCGGAACUUUACCGAGGCCAAGAUCUUCAACAAUACCUACCCUGGGCCGUGGAUCCAAGCAUGCUGGGGUGACACACUCAACAUCAAGGUCGUCAACAACAUGUUACACAACGGAACCUCGAUCCAUUGGCACGGAAUAAGACAGAACGGGACUGCGCAGGCAGAUGGCGUCAACGGCGUAACACAGUGUCCAAUUGCCCCUGGUGAUUCAUAUACAUACAGCUUCAAGGCUGUCCAGUAUGGCAGUUCCUGGUACCACUCUCAUUACUCUGUGCAGUACGCCGACGGACUUCAGGGCCCUCUGACAAUCCAUGGACCGGACACGGCCGACUUUGAUGAACCAAAGCAGCCCAUCCUCAUGACGGACUGGGGCCACGAUAGUGCUUUCCAAUCGAUCUACACACAAAAUCCCACUUUGAAAAACCCCAGCAUUCUCCUGAACGGCCGUGGAAACGUCACCAGGUUCAGCGCAGCAAACCCGCCACCAGACUCACCCAUCCCAGAGGAAUUCGUCCUGAAGCUCGAAAAGCGGCAGAUUGGCCAGAACGGGCGGGCGAAAAGGUACAUGCUGCGUCUGAUCAACACCUCGUUCCGGAACACCUUCGUCUUCAGCAUUGAUAAUCACGUUCUCCAAGUCAUCGACUCCGACUUUGUUCCUAUCGAGCCGUACUUUACCACGUCUGUCCUCAUUGGCAUCGGCCAACGGUACCGAGUCAUUGUUGAGGCUCGCCCGGAUGAUGCUGAUGAUGGUUCCAACCCCGUGCCCCGGGAUGGCAAUUUCUGGAUCCGAACAUGGGGAGCCACCACCUGUAGCCAGCCAGGACAGGAGGGCUAUGAGCGCACGGGCAUCCUUCGGUACGACGCUGCGAGCACGUCGGACCCAACUUCCAAACCGUGGCCCAACAUCUCCCUGGCGUGCUCGGACGAGCCUUACACAUCUCUGAAGCCGAAGCUGCCCUGGUUCGUAGGGCCGGCCGCCAACACGGAGGAUGGGGAGGCGUUCACUGUCGAGUCAAACGUCACGGGACUCCAGCCAGGAAGCAAGCCAUUCCCCCUCGCCCAAUUCUCCUUGGACCCUGAGACCUCGUCUGUGUUCAGGCCACUACAGAUCAACUACAGUCACCCUAUCAUCCAGGAACUCGAUAAUUUCAGCGGAAACUGGCCCCAGCAGUGGGUCGUCAUCCCCGAGAACUUCAACAGCACCAGCUGGGUCUACCUCGUUCUCAGCGGUGAUCGGUUGGGAGGCACUACCAUUGGUGCACAUCCUAUACAUCUUCAUGGCCAUGACUUUGCAAUCCUCCAACAAUCCAACCAAACAUACUCGCCAGACAAGCUUAAUUUGACACUGUCCAAUCCUCCUCGGCGGGAUGUCGUCCUGAUGCCCUCCAACGGCUUUGUCGUGGUUGCUUUCAAGUCAGACAACCCCGGCACCUGGCUGAUGCAUUGCCACAUUGCCUUCCACGCAAGUGAGGGUCUUGCACUGCAGAUUCUGGAGAGGCAGGCCGAGGCCAACACGCUGUUCAAUUCGCCUUCCUCGCCCAUCACCCAGGAGACCGAGCGCGUCUGCGCAAACUGGGACAAAUGGUUCGGCGACUGCAACAACUGGUGGUCUGGCUGCGAUCCCGCACAUGUCUUGUACGUCCCCAAUUUCCUCUCCUCUGAACCCUGA